AUGUCGGUGAUGCAGAAGCGACAGCACUGCUACCUGUGCGACCUGCCGCGCAUGCCGUGGGCGAUGUUGCACGACUUCUCCGAGGCGGUGUGUCGAGGCUGCGUCAACUACGAGGGCGCCGAUAGGAUAGAGGUGGUCCUCGAGACCGCCAGGCAGUUGAAACGCGCCCACGGCUUCCAGGAAGGACGCGCUCCGACACAUGUGAAGGGAGCCCACAGAGCGUCCAUGGAGCCCCAUCAGAACGGAGGGGAGUCCAACGCGAGAGGACAGCCGGCCCCGCCGGCUCACCACGCGCCCGCGGCCGGCUUCCCCUUGCAUCAUUCGAGGCCGACCACGAACGCGGGACUCCUGGCCGAGUACGGAAGCCGCAGGGAGGAGCACGAGGGCAGGAGGAUGGCUCACGUACCUCUGGCCCAUCUCCAGACGCACGGGGCUCGUUUGGCGCCAGGACUGACUCUGAAGAGACCGUUGGACGAGGACGAGCACCAGACACACCACGAGCCCACCAAGAGGCUGCUGGAGGAGCACCCCCGGCCGCCGCUCACCCGGGGUGACUCGCUCCCCGCCGUGUCGCUGGCCGCUCCCUUCGCGCCCGACAGAGUCUUCAAACAGGAGAAACAUCCUCUCCGCACACCAUCAUUCGAUGCGUCCUCUUUUAAAUCUAACGGGUACGGCAGCGGCGCUCCAUUGACCAACGGCUCGGCGGGGUCUCCGCUGGGCCGCACGGCGGGCUCCCCUCCCGUGACGGGCGCGGCGGGCCCCUCUCCUAUGGCGGCGCUGAUGUCGGUGACGGACACUCUCCCGCCGGGCUCCCCGCGCUCGGCCGGCGGCUCGCCCCCGCAGCCCCCACCGCAGCGGUCCGCCAGCCGGUCCAGCCAGCACUCGCCUAACUCGUCGGGCUCGACCGGCGGGCGGCGGUCGUCGGGGUCGCGGCACGUGUCAUCCACCACGUCGGUGUCGUCGUCGGAGGCGGGUGAGGGCGCGGAGAGCGCGGCGCCGGCCCCCGCGCCGCUCCUCAAGUGCACGCUCUGCCAGGAGCGGCUGGAGGACACGCACUUCGUGCAGUGCCCGAGCCAGCCGCACCACAAGUUCUGCUUCCCCUGCUCGCGCGACUCCAUCAAGCGCCAAGCCGGCUCCGAGGUGUACUGCCCCAGCGGUGAGAAGUGUCCGCUGGCCAACUCGGCCGUCCCGUGGGCCUUCAUGCAGGGCGAGAUCGCCACCAUCCUGGGCGACGACUUCAAGCCGAAGAAGGAGCGCGAGACGUAG